GGUUUGACGGUCUUAAUUUAUGUUAAAGUAGCCGGCGUUCAUUUAAUCUCCCUUCUUUUACCGCUUCUUUUAGCAGACGCCAGAAGCCAGGUAGCCGGAGAGGGAUUUUUGGCGGAGGAGCGCUUUCUUCUCUUCAUCGGUACCAGUUUGCUUCCUCUCUCCGAGCAAACCCCUUUUUACCUACGGUCUUGACCGGAAUCUUUUAUCCAGGAAGAUGACGCUCGGUGAGGAAGAAAUCACUACGCUGUGGAGGAUCAGAAACACUGUAUAUCAAAUGCUAAGGGACCGUGGAUACCUCAUUGAUGAAUCCGAGCUUCAUAUAAGCAAAGAUCAGUUUAUUUCAAUGAACGGGCCAAAUAUGAGAAGGGAAGACCUUACAAUCCAGAAAUCUAAGAAAAAUGAUCUCCCGGAUAAGAUUUAUGUUUUCUUCCCGGAGGAAGCGAAGAUUGGUGUGAAAACAAUGAAGACCUAUAUCAAUCGCAUGAAAACAGAGAAUGUCUUCCGGGCGAUCUUGGUUCUUCAACAGAAUUUUACUCCAUUUGCUAGAAUACUUAUAGCUGAUAUGUCGAGCGAAUUUCAGUUCGAGGUCUUCCAGGAGGCAGAGCUGUUGGUCAAUAUCAAAGAGCAUGUUCUCGGUUCUACACAUGAAGUGCUUAACGAUGAGGAAAAGAAUACUCUGCUAGAAAAACGUGAACGAAACACAGGUGAAAUCCAGCUGCCUCGGAUCCAGUUGACUGAUUCAAUUGCCAGAUACUACGGGCUGAAGAGAGGUCAAGUGGUGAAGAUUAUCAGGCCAAGCGAGACUGCUAUUCCAAGGCAAAAUGGUUGAAUUGCUUGGAAUCCUCUGUUCCUUUCCCUCUUUGGGUGCUUUUUGCUCUGAUUUCUGUGGAUGCUGUGAAUUUUAAUGCUACCUGUCUCCAGGAAGAGAGAUUUUGAUCCCUAAUGUUAGGCAAGAUGUCAAUGAGUAGAUAAAGAACAAUGAUGCAUUGAUUUUGUCUUGUUUGAUUGGGAUUACAUUAUGACACAAGUUUUUCCUACGAAGUAUAGGACAAUAAAUAGAUAAUGGUCCAU